AUGUACAGUCAGCAGUUUCCUCAGAAUGGCCUGUAUGGCACGCCCAACGUGAUGCCCUACCAGGGUGUGAUGCAGCCGCCGAUUCCUUCCCAGGGGGCGGCCCCUGGCAUGCUGUCAAACUACAACAACAGCCCAAGCCGUGGCGGCUACGAUGCCUCACAGGCGAAUCGAAAUGUGGGACAGCGUCAGCAGUCGCGUCAGCGCAAUAACGAGAUUGGUGAGGUGAGCCGUGUCAUUCAUAUGCGCAACAUUACCCCCAACGUGACGCAGCUGAGCAUUCAAAACCUUGUUCAGAACUUUGGAAACAUAAAACACAUUGUUAUGCUUCGUCAGAUGAACCAGGCACUCGUAGAGAUGGAGUCCACCAAAAGCGCACAACAGUUGGUGGACUUCUUUCGCCAAACCGGAUACGCCGAAAUUGAUGGCCGACGCGUGUACAUCCGCUACAGCAAUCAUCAGGAGCUUACUGCGACUCAGCACACAAGCAAGACACUACUGGUUUCUAUGUUUAACACCCAGUAUGACGUUUCGGCUGCGGCGCAAAUCACACCCAUGAUCGUGUAUCAAAUCUUUGGCAAUUACGGUAGCGUGCAGAAGAUUGUGGUGCUGCCGAAGAAUGAGUCCAGCCAGAGAAACCACAACCGUGUCCAGGCGCUGGUGCAGUUUGACAGCAAGGCGACCGCGGAAAACGUGAAGAGCAUCCUGCAAGGUCAACCUGUGACAAUCGGCGACACGGUCACUUUUACCCUCGACAUUCAGUUCUCGCGCAUGGACGACAUAAAGACUAGCAACCCUGCCAUAUCACUGGUGAUCAACGAGGAGGGUGUUCCCCAGCCCCCACCGCCGCAACCGCCACAACCGCCGCAGCAACUGCCACACCCGUCCCAACAGCAACAGCAACAGCCGCCGCUGCCGCAGCAGCAGCAGCAGCAGAUGCAGGGCGGGAACAUGUACCCAGUUAUCCCGCAGCAGUGGAACUAA